CCGAGCUUCACACAACAAUAUUUCCAUUCGCCGCAAGAAAUUUUCUCCAGGAGACCUGUCAACCAAGGCCAUAACGAUAUGAUAUUCUAAUUGCUCAACUACUCUGCGGCCUUAGAGAGCUCUAUUCUUGAGCUUCCUAGCUGCUGCGCCUACUCUUUUCUCUCCUUCCUUCUUCUCUCUGGGACCCCUUUGCCCCUCUUCUUUCUGUUCCCUGCAUCCUUCCCCGGGUUUAGGCCUAGACGGCCUGCGACGCGCCAUCUAUAACUCAACAUGGGCUUCCGCGAGUACCACCAGCCUGCCUCUGCGCGGAUAGUCGACGCUGAGGAUGAAGGCCUCAUGUGCCUGGACCUCGAGGACCACUAUUCCUACCUGGGCUACAGCUUCGGUGCUAAUAAAAGCAUCGCCGGGGAGUUGGUCUUCCAGACGGGCCUAGUAGGAUACCCAGAGUCGAUAACGGACCCUUCGUACCGUGGGCAGAUUCUAGUCAUCACCUUCCCCCUCGUGGGCAACUAUGGCGUGCCCUCUAGAGACACCAUAGACGAACUACUUCGUGACCGCCCCGCGCACUUUGAGUCGUCCCAGAUUCACAUCGCCGGUCUCGUCGUGUCUUCCUAUGCUGGCGAAGACUUCUCGCACUUCCUUGCUGAGUCCUCCCUGGGGACAUGGCUCAAGGAGCAGGGUGUCCCUGCCAUGUAUGGCAUCGAUACGAGGGCUUUAACACAACGCAUCAGACAGGAAGGCAGUAUGCUGGGUCGUAUGCUGUUACCGAAGGAAAACUUGACGAAUGUUACAAAUAACGGCGCCAACGGUGUCAACGGUGUCACGAACCACUACAGCAAGAAGGACUGGAGCGCGUGCUUCGAUGAGAUUGAUUGGGUAAACCCCAACACGAAAAAUCUCGUAGCAGAGGUCUCCAUCUCAGAGCCUCAGCUCUACAAGCCGCCUCCGCCGUCAGCAUUGAAACAUCCUUCGGGGCGACCUCUUCGUGUCGUGUGCUUAGAUGUGGGCAUGAAAAACAACCAGCUUAGAUGCCUUCUAAAUAGGGGUGUCGAAGUCCUCGUAUGUCCGUGGAACUAUGACUUUACCGCCGGCGUGGAAGGUCAAUAUGACGGUCUUUUCAUCUCAAAUGGCCCCGGCGACCCAUCAUUCAUGCGGGAGCCCGUAGAUAAGAUUUCCCAGGCGUUGCAGACGAAUCAGAUACCGGUUUUCGGCAUCUGUCUCGGGCACCAGCUGCUCGCUCAAGCGGCCGGUGCGAAGACCAUCAAGAUGAAGUUUGGUAAUCGAGGUCACAACAUUCCUUGCACGAGUAUGGUUACCGGAAAGUGUCACAUUACUUCGCAGAACCACGGUUUUGCGGUCGAUACCAAGACGCUCCCGGAUGAAUGGAGCGAGCUGUUCGUAAACGCCAACGAUGGUAGCAAUGAAGGUAUCAUGCAUGUUAGCAAACCGUACUUCAGCGUACAGUUUCAUCCCGAGAGCACUCCCGGUCCUCGAGACACCGAAUUUUUGUUCGACGUUUUUAUCAACACCAUCGUCGACUGUGCUAGGGACCCUACUUUACUUAGCUCCCCUGUCAAGUUCCCUGGCGGAACCGCGAGAGAGAACGAGCUGCUCCACCCUCGUGUGCAUGUUAAAAAGAUACUUGUCCUCGGAAGCGGUGGCCUCAGCAUCGGACAAGCCGGCGAGUUUGACUAUUCAGGUAGUCAAGCCAUCAAGGCGUUGAAGGAGGAAGGUAUUUACACCGUUCUCAUCAACCCUAACAUUGCUACCAUCCAAACAUCGAAGGGACUUGCGGACAAGGUGUAUUUCCUUCCCGUCACCGCCGAGUUCGUCCGCAAGGUCAUCGUCUACGAACGGCCGGAUGCAAUAUACGUUACUUUCGGCGGCCAGACCGCUCUACAGGUUGGUAUCCAGCUUAAGGACGAGUUCGAGGAACUAGGUGUCAGGGUGCUAGGCACCCCGAUCGAUACGAUCAUCACGACGGAGGAUCGUGAGUUAUUCGCGCGCAGCAUGGACUCGAUCGGAGAGAAGUGUGCCAAGUCAGCCUCCGCCAGCAGCGUGGACGAAGCGAUGCGCGCCGUGAAGGAUAUUGGGUUUCCCGUCAUCGUCAGAGCCGCGUAUGCUCUUGGUGGGCUAGGCAGCGGCUUCGCUAAUGACGAGGCCGAGCUGUUGAACCUCUGCAAUAAAGCUCUGGCCGCGAGCCCGCAGGUUCUAAUCGAGCGAAGCAUGAAAGGCUGGAAGGAGAUCGAGUACGAGGUUGUGCGGGAUGCCCAGGACAAUUGCAUUACCGUCUGCAAUAUGGAAAACUUCGAUCCUCUCGGUAUUCAUACCGGCGACUCUAUCGUCGUAGCGCCAUCUCAAACGCUGUCUGACGAGGAUUAUAAUAUGUUACGAACGACGGCAGUUAACGUCAUCCGCCACCUCGGCGUAGUCGGGGAGUGUAACAUCCAGUAUGCCCUUAAUCCGUUCUCGAAGGAGUACUGCAUUAUCGAGGUGAACGCCAGGUUGUCGAGGUCGUCCGCGUUGGCGUCAAAAGCCACCGGUUACCCCUUAGCCUUCAUCGCCGCCAAAUUAGGACUUGGUAUACCAUUGAAGGAGAUCAAGAACACGGUAACAAAGGUCACAUGUGCCUGUUUUGAGCCAUCCUUGGAUUACGUCGUCGUCAAGAUGCCUCGAUGGGAUCUUAAGAAGUUUACGAGAGUUUCUACGCAACUGGGCUCGUCUAUGAAGAGCGUUGGUGAGGUCAUGAGUAUCGGAAGAACUUUCGAGGAAGCCAUUCAGAAGGCAAUUCGGGCCAUCGACUUCCACAAUCUUGGUUUCGGCGAAACGAAAGCGCUCAUGUCUAUUGACGACGAGCUGCAGACUCCUUCCGACCAGCGCCUCUUCGCCAUCGCCAACGCUAUGCAUGCUGGAUACUCAGUCGAUAGGAUCUGGGAGCUCACCAAGAUUGAUAAGUGGUUUUUACAUAAGCUCAUGGGCCUGAGCAGAUUCAGCAAAGAGGUAGCGCGUUACACAACUAGCCAGAUUUCCGAACGACCAAAUAUACUCCUCCAAGGCAAGCGACUUGGGUUCAGCGACCGUCAGUUAGCCAAGUUCUGGGAUUCCAACGAGCUAGCAGUGAGACGCAUGAGGCUGGAAGCCGGAAUCACUCCAUACGUCAAACAGAUCGAUACCGUCGCCGCCGAGUUUCCCGCGUAUACCAAUUAUCUCUAUCUUACAUAUAAUGCUUCCGCUCACGACGUUUCUUUUGAUGACCACGGCGUAAUGGUUCUUGGCUCAGGAGUCUAUCGCAUCGGAUCCUCGGUGGAGUUUGACUGGUGCUCGGUGAGAGCCAUUCGUACGCUUCGGGAGUCCGGCUUUAAGACUAUUAUGGUGAACUACAACCCCGAAACCGUCAGCACCGAUUACGACGAAGCAGACCGCUUGUACUUCGAAAACAUCAACCUGGAGACGAUUCUCGACGUAUAUCAGAUGGAGUCCGCCAGCGGAGUUCUCGGCGCCAUGGGAGGCCAGACACCAAACAACAUCGCACUACCUCUGCUACGCUCAGGCAUUAAGGUGUUGGGAACCUCGCCAGAAAUGAUCGAUAGGGCCGAAAAUCGGUACAAAUUCUCUCGUAUGCUCGACGAGAUAGCCGUCGAUCAGCCAACAUGGAAGGAACUCACGAGUUUCGAAGAUGCUCGGAGUUUCUGCCGAAAGGUCGGUUACCCGGUGCUAGUUCGGCCUUCGUACGUCCUCUCUGGCGCUGCUAUGAAUACCGUCUACUCGGAGGCCGAUCUCGAAUUAUAUCUGCAGCAGGCAGCCGAAGUUUCCCGCGAGCACCCUGUUGUGAUAACUAAAUACAUAGAGAACGCCAAAGAGAUUGAGAUGGAUGCCGUCGCUAAGGACGGUACCGUCGUUGGCCAUUUUAUAUCCGAGCACGUCGAGAACGCUGGUGUCCACUCCGGCGACGCGACUCUCAUUCUACCCCCUCAAGAUCUCGAGCCGACGACGAUCCAACGCAUAGAAGAGGCAACGCAGAAAAUUGCCGCCAAGCUCAACGUGACCGGCCCGUUCAAUAUCCAAUUUAUCGCUAAGGAUAACGACAUCAAGGUUAUUGAAUGCAACGUGCGAGCUUCUCGGUCUUUUCCUUUCGUGUCCAAGGUCAUGGGAGUUGACUUGAUCGAGAUGGCCACUAAAGCGAUCGUGGGGAUCCCCUUCACCGAAUACCCGCCAACCACUUUGCAGGCAAAUUGCGUCGGGGUAAAGGUGCCGCAAUUCAGUUUCUCGAGAUUAUCUGGUGCCGAUCCGGUAUUGGGCGUGGAGAUGGCUUCCACCGGGGAGGUUGCUUGCUUCGGUAUCGAUAAAUACGAAGCAUAUCUUAAAGCUCUCAUGUCGACGGGCUUCAAGAUUCCCAAAAGCAACAUUCUCUUGUCGAUCGGCUCCUAUAAGGACAAGAAAGAGAUGUUGCCAUCUGUUGAGAAGUUACAGAAGAUGGGAUACAAGCUGUUUGCCACUGCAGGAACCGCGGAUUUCCUUCAGGAGCACGGCAUUCCUGUCCAGUUCCUCGAAGUUCUCAGCAACGAAGAAGACGACCAAAGAUCGGAAUUCUCAUUGACGCAACAUUUGGCCAAGAACAUGAUCAACCUAUACAUAAACUUGCCAUCCAACAACAAAUAUCGCCGUCCUGCUAACUACGUGAGCAAGGGGUACCAAACCCGGCGAAUGGCCGUGGAUUACCAGAUCCCAUUAGUUACUAAUGUCAAGAAUGCCAAGAUCCUGGUCGAGGCUAUCGCCAGACAUUUCGAGCUCGAGAUCAGUACCCGCGACUAUCAGACGAGCCAUCGAUCUGCGGUCCUCCCAGGCUUGAUCAACGUCGCGGCUUUUGUUCCGGGAAUCGGCGUGCAAGGCAGUCAUGAUCUCCAAGAUGUUACUAAGGCAUCGAUAGCCUCCGGCUUCAGCAUGAUACGUGUCAUGCCCGUCGGUGUCGAAGGCUCUAUCACCGACGCGAGGACGCUAAACAUUGCCCAGCAGAAUAGCAAGAGAGGGGGCUAUUGCGACUACAAUUUCUCCGUCUCUGCCACUUCGAGCAAUGCCGACCAGAUUAGCCAUGUAACUGGCGAAGUUGGGUCUCUCUUCAUCCCGUUCAACCACCUGUCCGAUAACAUUAGCAAGGUCGCCGCGGUCACUGCUCAUUUCGACUCUUGGCCAGCUCAUAAGCCCAUCGUUACGGAUGCCAAGACGACAGAUCUCGCCUCCAUUCUGUUGCUAGCAAGCCUUCAUAGUCGGCGCAUUCAUGUUACGAGCGUCACCACGAAGGACGAUAUCCGGUUGAUUGCUCUCAGCAAGGAGAAAGGCCUCAAUGUCACCUGCGACGUGUCUAUUCAUUCGUUGUACUUAACCAGCAAAGACUUCCCGGGCUGCACGUGUCUUCCCGAACCCAGAGACCAGGAGGCGCUUUGGGACCAUCUUGACACUAUCGAUGUCUUUUCUAUUGGCAGCCUCCCGUACCAGGUCGCCCACGCUGUACAACCCGAGGCGGCGACAGACCCCGCGGUCGGCGUUGCUGAUGCCUUGCCUCUCUUACUGACCUCCGUCACGGAAGGCAAGUUGACCCUUGAUGACAUCAAGGCACGCCUAUACGAUAACCCGAAGGAGAUAUUCGAACUCCAUGAGCAGCCGGGAACGUCUGUCGAGGUUGAGAUUGACCGUCCAUAUACCGUGCCGACGACGGCCUCGUGGUCGCCGUUCGCUGGUAAGACGAUGCGCGGAGCUGUGCAGAGGGUGACCUUCAACGGGAAAACGGUAUGUCUUGACGGCGAGCUUCUCCCGAUCAUGCCGCUUGGCAACGAUAUGUCUACUCAUGGUAGCAUGCCGACACCCUUGUCGCCGCCCAUCAAGUCGAUGCCUCCACCGGCUCAUCCUCUCGAUGCCCUCCGAGCUCGACGGCUUUCUAGCCUCGGGAAGCCGACGAGCGUCGCACGCCUACAGGAUGGCGAUACUGAAGGCCUACGGCCAGUGUCGAGGCGCGCCCACGCUGCGGAGGAGCUCGGCCUACCUGGGCCCGCGCGUGCCCCUUUCGUUGACUCCUUGCACGACCUCCUCAUGCAACCUUCGGCCUUCAAGAAGGCACAUGUUCUCUCGGUGAAGCAGUACACACGUUCUGAUCUCCACCUGUUGUUUACGGUAGCGCAGGAGAUGCGUGUGGGUGUCGAUCGUGAAGGCGUCCUCAGCACGUUGCGCGGCCGUGUCCUAUGCACCAUGUUUUACGAACCGUCAACCCGUACCUCGUCGUCUUUCGACGCCGCUAUGCAGCGCCUAGGCGGAAGGACUGUAGCUAUCGCGACGACGAACUCGUCAAUCCAGAAAGGGGAGUCGCUUCAGGACACGCUGAGGACACUCGGGUCUUACGGCGACGCCAUCGUACUGCGCCACCCCGACGAAAAAUCGAUGGAUAUUGCGAGGCGGUAUAGCCAAGUGCCGGUGAUCAACGGCGGGAACGGGAGCAAGGAGCACCCCACUCAAGCAUUCCUCGAUCUCUUUACGAUUCGCGAGGAGCUCGGCACCGUGCAGGGCUUAACCAUCACCUUCAUCGGCGACCUCCUGUACGGACGGCCGGUGCAUUCGCUGAUCUACCUCUUCCAGCACUACCAGGUCCAGGUCCAGCUCGUCUCGCCGAAGUCGCUGGCGCUCCCGCCGGACGUGCGGGACCUCCUCAAGGAAUCCGGACAGCUGCUGUGCGAGUCGGAGGAGCUCAGCCCGGAGAUCCUGUCGAGAAGCGACGUGCUGUACUGCACCAGGGUGCAGAAGGAGCGCUUCCCCAGCCUCGAGGAGUACGAAAAGGUCAAGAACUCGUACCGCAUCGACAACGCGACGCUCAAGCACGCGAAGCAGGAAACCCGGGUGCUGCACCCCCUCCCCCGAAACGAGGAGGUGGCAGAGGAAGUGGACUACGACCACCGCGCAGCCUACUUCCGACAGAUGCGGUACGGUCUCUAUUGCCGGAUGGCCCUGCUGGCCCUGGUCAUGUCGGGCUGAUUGAUGAUCUCGGCCCGACGCCGGCCCGCACUUCUCUUCGUAACCCUCUCGAGAACAUGUCCCGAGACGCCAAAGUUUCCGUAGGCCUGGCCCGAGCGAGAGGCGGGCUCUGCCACUAGAGUUGCGCUAGAUAGUCGGCAUUUUCUGUCUUCCUUUCCUUUCCUUUCCUUUCCCUCGUGCGCGGAUCGAUCGGGGUGGCUCAGCCUAGAUAAAAGGAACAACCACACUUUAGAUGCUGAAUGGCUCGCGCCGCCGAUGAGUGAAAUGACGUUAUGUGUAAGGCAUAGUUAUAUAUGUGUAUAUAUUAGGUAUGGGGUGGGAUGUAUUUGUACGGGUGUAUUUGUAUAUGUAGGCAGGCAUGUACUAACGCAUGCCUGCAUACAUGGAUACCUGCCUAUGUAUUUGUAAGGUCCCGUACGUUGUGUACGCUCUGUAUGUAUAUUAUAUUGUAUCAGUACAUAUGUGUCUGCUAGUUGCUCAAGUAGAUAUACCGUAUAGU